AUGAAUCUCAGAAAAGACAAGUGGAAUCUUGCCACCAUGUUUCCCCUGGAUACAUGCGACGAAUAUGCUAGUUGUGGUCCUAACAGUAUCUGUAGUCCUAACAGGCCAAUAAGAUGCGAGUGUUUAAGGGGAUUUGCACCAAAGUUCCAAACAGAUUGGGACUUUCAAGAUUGGUCGGGAGGAUGCACUAGAACUAGACUAUUGAAUUGCCAAGAUGGAGAUGGAUUUCUAUCACUCAGAGGGGUUAAGUAUCCAGAUAUGUUGAGGUUUUGGUUAAAUACAACAAUGAGCCUUGAAUCCACUUGCAACCUAAAGUCUUACAGCCUUCAGAUAAUACUGAUAUCAAUUGCUUCUGGCCUUCUUAUCUCAGCCUUUAUCAGUGGAGGCGUAGCAAGACUAAAGAAGCGAGCAAUGACACAGAAUAAUGAAGAUCUAGAAUUACCUGUGAUGAAAAUGACAACUACUGUGCAAGCAACAAAUAAUUUCUCCAUGGAAAACAUGAUUGGAGUUGGAGGCUUCGGUCCUGUUUACAAGGGUAACAUGCCAUCAGGAGAAGAAAUCGCAGUCAAAAGAUUGUCGAGGUCUUCAGGGCAAGGUCUUGAAGAGUUUAGAAAUGAAGUUAUGGUGAUUGCAAAACUCCAACAUAGAAACCUUGUCAGAUUAUUGGGAUGUGGCAUUGAAAAAGAGGAAAGGAUACUAGUCUAUGAAUACCUACAAAAUAAAAGCCUCGAUUAUUUUGUUUUUGAUAACAGCCGGAGAGCAUUGUUGACAUGGCCUAAGCGAUUAUUAUCAUGGGAACUUCAAGGGGACUGCUAUAUCUCCAUCACGAUUCCAGAUUAA